GGCGUCAUUGUCGCCGUCGCCAACAAGGCAAUGUACCAGCUCGAGGUUGUCGGGAGAACCGGCGAGCUGGAGAGCUUCACGCCGCCGCUAUUUGGCACUCUCGUGAUGUUUCUUGGCAUGGCACUGGCGCUGCCGCUGCACUGGUGGGAGACGCGAGGGUCGCAGGCGCAGUCCCUCGACUGCAAGACGAUCGCCCUACUGAGCAUCCCGACGAUGUUUGACCUGGUCUCGACGAGCCUGGCCACGCUGAGCGUGAUAUUGCUGCCCCUGUCGACGUGCAUUCUUCUCCGCUCCUCGGCGGUCAUCUUUGUCGCCCUGCUCAAGCACUAUGUGCUCAAGGACAUCCUCUCCCGCUCUGAGGCGGUGGGCGUCUUCAUCAUCACCCUCGCGAUCCUCCUCGUCGGCUACGUCGGUGUGUCGGAGGACGGCGGGACGAGGCAAGACGGAAUAGAUGACUCGAUGCCGUCAGAGGUGGAGGGGCAGAAUAGCGGAGGGGCGAUGCUGGGUGUCGUCUUCGCCAUGGGGUCGGUGCUGGUCGCGGCGCUUCAGUAUGUGGUCGAAGAGAAGCUGCUCGACGACCUCUCCACGCCGCCAAACCUGCUGGUGGGUGUCAUGGGCGCCGUGGGUGUCGCCCUCACCCUAUUCGUGACGUACCCGGUCUACUACUUCUUCAUCCCUGGCUCGGACCACGGCCGCUUCGAGGACCCGGUAAAUACGCUCGUCAAGCUUCAAAAUAGCGGCGCCGCCUGCGCCCUCUCCGCCAUCGACCUCUUCUCCGUCCUCUUGCUCAACGUAAUGACCAUGUACAUCAUGCAGCGGCUGUCGGCAGUCUGGGGCGCCAUCCUCGGCAACAUCCGGCCGAGCGUCACCUGGCUCGCGCAGCUGGGGCUCUACUAUGGGGUGACAAACGGCGCCUUUGGCGAGUCGUGGAAGGGGUUCGAGAGCUGGCUGCAGCUGGUCGGCAUGGUGAUUCUCUUUGUGGGCAUGGCGGUCUACAACGGCACGUUUGAGGGGCCA